AAAAAGAUCUUAAGCAACAUGAUAGAUUCAGAAGCUCAUGAAAAGAGGCCACCAAUACUUACAUCUUCAAAACAUAUAUCACCUCAUAUUACAAAUGUUGGUGAAAUGAAGCAUUACUUGUGUGGCUGCUGUGCAGCCUUCAACAACGUCACAAUCACAUAUCCCAUUCAGAAGGUCCUCUUUCGACAACAGCUGUGUGGCAUCAAAACCUGGGAUGCAGUACUUCAGUUGAGAAGGGAUGGAUUUCGAAAUUUGUAUCGUGGAAUCCUUCCCCCAUUGAUGCAGAAGACAACUACACUUGCACUUAUGUUUGGUCUGUAUGAGGAUUUAUCCUGCCUUCUCCACAAGCAUGUCGGUGCUCCAGAGUUUGCAACCCGUGGCGUGGCGGCAGUGCUUGCAGGGACAACAGAAGCAAUUUUCACUCCACUAGAAAGAGUUCAGACAUUGCUUCAAGACCACAAGCAUCAUGACAAAUUUACCAACACUUAUCAGGCUUUCAAGGCACUGAAAUGUCAUGGAAUUGGAGAGUAUUAUCGAGGCUUGGUGCCCAUUCUUUUCUGGAAUGGACUCAGCAAUGUCUUGUGUUUCGGCCUUCGAGGUCCCAUUAAAGAGCAUCUGCCUACCCCAACGACUCACAGUGCUCAUUUGGUCAAUGAUUUUAUCGGUGGAGGUCUAUUGGGUGCCAUGUUGGGAUUCUUGUGUUUUCCAAUUAAUGUUGUAAAAACUCGCAUGUCUCAGAUUGGUGGGGAAUUUCAGUCUUUCCCCAAGGUUUUUCAAAAAAUCUGGCUGGAACGGAACAGAAAACUGAUAAAUCUUUUCAGAGGUGCCCAUCUGAAUUACCAUCGGUCCCUUGUCUCUUGGGGCAUAAUCAAUGCAACUUAUGAGUUCUUGUUAAAGGUUAGAUGA